AUGUUGAGGUGGAAGGGUUCUGGCCAGGGGUCAACUCCUCUAUUUCUCCAGGCCCGAUCGUCCUCCGCCUUUAUCGUCUUUGUCGCGAGCUUUGCAGUGUUCACACUCUUCGCGAGCGCGUUGGGCUUCCCCGAGAAAGAUGUCCAACGAUGGGUAUCGAUCCUGAUGGCCCUGUUCGGCGCAACACAGGUAGCCGCCUCGCCUGUUGCUGGCUAUCUCGCGGACCGCAUUGAGUCCCGGUGGUGGCCCUUGAUGGCCGGUCUGGUCAUGCUCGCCGUCUCGACAUCACUCCUCUGUGUCGGGACAACGCUUGGUCUCUGGGUCGCCGGUCGUUUGUUUCAAGGCGCUUCCGGAGCCAUCGUAUGGUCUGUGGGGUGCGCGCUGGUUGUGGACAGCGUGGAGCCUGAGAGGAUCGGCCAGGCCUUGGGUUAUAUCGCUCUUGGAAUGACCCUGGGGGUGAUGGCCGGUCCGCUCCUGGGAGGAGUCAUAUAUGAGCACGGCGGAUAUUACGCUGUGUUUGGGUUGGCUUUUGCGCUCGUCGGUCUGGACAUAUGCUUUCGUCUGGUCAUGAUCGAGAAGAAGCGUCAUACAGAGAAAAGACCCCAGACCAACCCGACCGAGCAUACAACAUCCGAUAAGAAGCGGAAGCCCGCCGUCAUAAUCUUACUGUCUUCUGCUCGUUUGAUAGUGGCAUUGUGGGCAUACUUCAUCAUGUCCAUGAUCGUCAGCUCCUUCGACACCGUCCUGCCGCUGUUCGUCCACGACACCUUCGGCUGGCAACAAACCGCGCAAGGAUUGAUUUUUAUUCCGAUUGCCGUCCCCAACUUUCUCGAACCAGUGACCGGGUACAUAAACGACAAAUUUGAGAGGGCGCGUCGGUUUCUCGCGGCUGGAGCUCUCCUCGGCACCGUGCCAGCGAUCGUCUGCCUUCGCUUCGUCAGCGAGAAUACGAUCGCGCAAAAAGUGCUUCUGUGUGCACUGCUGGCUGUGAUCGGCCUCUGCCUGGCCACCUAUAUCCCGCCUGUUCUCGCGGAGGUGAGCUAUAUUGUCCAGAAGAAGGAGCAAGAGAAUCCCCACGUUUUCGGCACCAGGGGCGCUACAGCGCUGGCCUAUGGACUCAUGAACGGUGCAUAUGCUACGGGGCUCCUGGUUGCGCCGUUCCUGGCGGGCUUCAUCCGGGACAGCGCAGGGUGGAAUACGAUGACCUGGGCGCUGGCGUUGUUCCCCGGCGUAUCUAGUAUUCCGGUGGUAAUCAUGUGGUUUGACGAUGAUCAAUGGAUCGGCCGCGAGGUCACAUUCGACGUGCCACAAGGCCUCUCCAAAUGGAAAAUUAUUAAGACUUAUGAACGCGCGAUGUUAUGCUCCGAAUGGGCAAUGAAGGAGCGUGGUGGCCUCAGCCAAGCGCGCGCAAUCUUCACUUGUGUCAAUGACCAGCAUCAUGUAGCUCUCCUCAAACUUCGGAUGCAGAUCCCAUUUCGCGACUCGGCGUUCAAAUUUACGCAAGAGAGGGCCAAACAGGCUCGAUCAGAUAUGUUCUUCGAUGCAGAACGCGAAGUAGAUGCACUGCAAACUCUCACGCAGGCAGGCUGUUCAUCAAGCCCCAAACUGCUGGCCUGGAAGCAUGAACCCCAGGGCGAGUCUGACUGGGUUCCGGGUGGAGUCAUGGAUUAUAUACUCAUGGAGAAGCUUCCUGGAACCACCCCGCCGUUUUACAUGAACCCAGACGUCACUGAGCAAGAAUGGAAUGAGCUGCGGGCUGCGUUCAAAGAGGCCUACAUAAUGACGCUUGACGCAGGGCCACGGAAUAUCCUCUGGGAUCGCAAGGCGCAAAAAUGCUAUAUCGUCGAUUGGGAAGGAGCCCAUCAUUCUUGUCCCGAAUUCAAGUGGCGCGAAGCACAGUACUUCUUUUGGGGUCUGAAAGAUGCUGAGAGUUCUACUGUCCUGUUCGGUUUAUCUGUCCUGUACCUGUGA